AUGGAAAAUGUGCCGGGAGGGACCGGAUUCCCGCUUUUGGCCCAAAGAAUAACCGUCAACCCGGACUACGAGGCUUUCAUAUUCCGCAAAUUCGAUCGGCUCAGCGCCAGGAAUCUCCUCCACCUUGAAAGCAGGCUUGUAUAUCUAGAGUAUAAACUAGAUCAAGCGGAUAAGCAAGCUGCACUUGGAUCAGAUAAUGAGACACGACGUUCUAUUCGAGCCUGGGAGGCCUUUGAGCAGAACUCAAAGGAUGAAACCCGUCCUGAACACGAUCGGAUGAAGAUGGUAGAGGAAGUUAGCGAGAGGUUGAAAGAAUAUCAUGAAACCGAACAUAUCAACGAGAAUCAUGUCACCUGGGUAACAACUACAAUCAGCACUGUCGUGGCAGCAAUUCUCCUGCUUGGUGCUAUAGUUCUACUUCGCCUCCUGGAUCAGGAUAAUGCACAGCUGGGAAUGAUAGCGCUGUUUACAGUCCUCUUUGCAGGUAGCGUUGCGGUCUUAACAAAUGCGAGAAGGACAGAGAUAUUUGCUGCGACAGCUGCAUAUGCUGCCGUACUCGUCGUUUUCGUAUCCUCGCCAUCGUCGAAUCACGAAAUGGGCAAUUGCACUUGUGAGGUAUCUAUACACUAG